UUUUUCCCUUUCACACCUACUUGUAAACUCGCAAGCAUGGUACAAGAUACCAAUAAGGAUCAGUUCUUCCCAGACUCGCCGCUCGAGGACUACGAAUUUCCGCCAUCUUACGACUCAUCCUUGGCUACUGGCGCUGGCCCUUCUCAGCCCGUCGGCAGUACUGGCGAGGCACAAGAAAGGACUAUCCCAGAGCACAUUCGAUUCCUCUUCGCAGGACCUACCAAUGCUGAGCCUCUCCUAGGCUCCGGGGCACAUGAUCUGUCUGUGAGAGAGAGAGUGAAGAGGGUUGAAUGGGUUAAGAAGGGCAAUCAGAUCCAGAGUACGGAUCCCAAACUUUCAGAUCCCGAUCUACUAUAUGACUGGCUGAGACUCAAGGCUAUGGAGCCACCAAAGGUGACCAUCCAGUGCUACGGUUCUCAUAUGGAGACUUGCGAGCAGGAUACGAUCGUUAUGGAGAAUGGAACUCAUCAGACAUUGAAGCGUGGAGAAACACAAACUAUCGUCGAUUUUGACUUUACCAUCGACUUGUCUGAAAUUGUCAACCACCCAGACAACAUUUCCAACAUCCAUUUGUAUACUGCUCUCCCAUGGGACAUCACCCAUCGUGGUACUCAUCGUCCAUCAUAUUCUGCCUCUUAUCGCCCACCCAAACAUUAUCAUGGACCUCUUGACAGUGUCUACGCUGAUGAACAUGAGUUGUAUGAAUCUCUUCUCACAUCAUCGGACGGCUUCAACACCACUCUGCCUGGUCUGCCCCCCAAGUCAGGGGAGCAGAGGAAGGAUAGAAAGUGGAAAGAGUACAGACGCCAGAAGGGUAUACCGGGAUGGGUGAAGAAGGAGGAUGUGCCGGAGUUUGAGCAAGGGAAGGGCAAGGGCAAGAAUAAGAAGAAUAGGAAGGAGGAUAAAAGGCGGGACUCGGAAGGCGGGAGUGUCGCUUUGGACGACCAGGACUCCGACGUCGAUGUCGAACAAGCCAGAAAUGAAGGCAUCGACAAUGUAAAGCCCAAUCUUAGGGCAUGGUGCCAGGCAUAUUGUGACGAUCGCGGCCUCUUGAAAGAAUUUGUUAUGAAGAAAGAGCUUUGUGGAUGGGACUUUGAUGGCUUAAAGUCGGCGAUAAAUGGUGCCAUUCUCUCAACAGGUUAUCAAUCUCCCUACGUCUCGGUGAACAUCAGUAUCGACAAUGUUGCCGUUGUUGUUCGUCCCGAUAACCUCUUGAGUCGAGCUCUUUCCAACUCAUGGAUCUACUUUUUAAGCUGGUUGUUCAUGAUCUACCCAUUCAUCUGGAUCUGGAAACAUUUCCAUAGCUUGGGCGGAGCACCCUGGGAUGUGGCUUUUGCCUCCUAUGCCUUGAAGUUUUAUCCACCUCUUCCAUCUACAUUCCCAUCCGAAUCCAUCUCAUCCGCCUCUGACCGUCUCCCAAGUCUUCCGAAACUUCAUCCCGAACUUCCUCCCUCACCUCAACUGCAAUAUGGCCACAAGGGCGUACAUUAUCUAGUAGGAAGGAAAGAAGGUGAAUGGUUUAGGGAAUGGGAAGAGAGGAUUAGGAUGGGAGUUAGGAUGAGGUACAAGGGAGAGCUGCAAGGUGGUACUGUGGAAGAAAAUAGAGUUGAUUUGGAUGGGUACUAAAUCUGGUUGAAGUCGAUGUGUUUGAGUCUUUGAUUUGUCUAUGAGUUUAAUAUACACGUCUAGCCGUCUGUUUUGUAUCAAUUGUCUCCAUGUACUUCUCAGUUGUCGCGUUG